ACAAAAGAUAUGGCUUCAACUUAGCUGAUAUAGGCAAUCCCACGCGUUGCCAUAUGACGCGCGCAGUGGGGCUGGUUAUAUUAGCUCGGAGAGACAACAAAAUAUUUAAGAAUUUUCAAUUCAAGAAAAGAGAUUGGAAAUUGGGAUAAGGGAAGUCUAUACGACGAGUAUUCAACGUUUUAUUAUACAGAAGCUAUCGUUGUCAAACGACUGUAAACGACGUUUCAAUCAAUAGGUGAAGAUUCCAUCGCCUCGUAUCGCAAAAACAGUUCGUUUUUUUUUUUUUAUCCUACUCCUUUCCACGCAUAAAAAAAACUUCUUCCAAUUGUAUUUUACAGCAAGUGACUUUCAAUCGACAGGUACGCACCUGACAAGAAUCUCACGCUACUUGGAAAUGAAAUCCGCUGAAAAUGAAACUAACCCAACUGUUGAAAAGGCUCGUAAGCAUGGCGGUAGAGAAGAAGAACGUACAACGUGGUUUCCGCGUCGAAUAGAAGAUCUGGAUCACACUCGGAGUAAUACAAUUUCGUUUGGUAGUGAUUUAGAUCCUGACCAUCCCGGCUUUAACGACCCCAUUUAUCGCGAACGUCGCAAGGAAAUAAUCGAGAUUGCCGUAAACUACAGACACGGACAGCCGAUACCUAAAGUGGAGUACACUCCCGAAGAGGUAGCAACAUGGAGUACGAUUUUUCGUCGCGUGACUCAACUCUAUCCCACUCACGCUUGUCUCGAAUUUAAUAACAUGUUCCCGGUAAUGGUGGAGCAUUGCGGUUACAAAGAAGAUGCCAUCCCUCAACUGCAAGACGUCUCCGAUUUCCUUUACGGUCGAACGGGUUUCAUUUUGCGACCAGUGGCCGGUUUCCUAUCGUUUCGGGACUUUCUGGCGGGCCUUGCUUUCCGCGUGUUCCAUGCGACGCAAUACAUUCGGCACAGCAGCAAGCCAAUGUACACCCCCGAGCCUGAUGCCUGUCACGAACUUUUAGGUCACGCUCCGCUAUUUGCCGACGCUUCGUUCGCCGACUUUGCUCAACAGAUUGGACUUGCUUCGUUAGGUGUUUCGGACGAAUGCAUUAAACGGUUGGGAGUGUGUUUUUGGUUUACGUUCGAGUUCGGCCUGUGUCGCCAAGACGGCAAGUUAAGAGCCUAUGGUGGUGCGUUACUCUCAUCGUUCGGAGAGCUCGAGCACUGUUUCUCUGGUCAAACUGAAAAGAAGCCCUUCGAUCCACCCAAAACUGCGCUAGAGGAACACCCAAUCACAAAAUAUCAGCACGUUUACUAUGUUUCGGAAAGCAUUGAGGAAGCAAGGCAAAAACUGCUCGAAUAUACAAAAACCAUCCCACGAAGUUUCGCCGUGAGUUACGACUCAUCCAAUCGCAGUAUAGAAAUCAUGAAUUCGUAAUUGGAUUUAUCCAAGACGUCUUUAAGAAGAGAGGACUAGAAAAAAUCCACAACCGUGGAAUAUUUUCGGGCAGAAUUAAUAAUUACACUGUCCUAUUUUGACUUUUACCUUUUAAAAAUUUACUUGGAUAAGUUUUGUCUUGCCGUUAUUGCUUAUGUACUAACUAUCACUAGGUGAAUAAUACAACGUCAAUAGCAUGGAA